UUCUCCUUAUUACUUUUGAGUCACUCAAUUUCAUCUACCCCAUCACACUAUAAAGUCUUCCUCUCACAUCUCUCUUUCCCUCAAAUCCAAACACUUAAAACUCAGUUUCACAUUGUUUUCUACAUUCCUCCAGAACUUAUUUUGGUUUCCAAUUACAAUGGCAACUUCAGUGCCAACCGUUGGAGCAGUUAACAUGCCACCGUUGAAAUUAAAUGGCUCUAGCAAUGGAGUGAUAAGCUCAGUAUUCUUUGGAACCAGUUUGAAGAAAGGAAGUUCUGUGAGUUCCAAACAGAGGAGUUUGUGUGGGAAUUUCAAGGUUGCUGCACAGAUUGAAUAUGAUGAGGAGAAGCAGACCUCAAAGGAUAGAUGGGGUGGACUUGCCUAUGACACUUCAGAUGAUCAGCAAGAUAUCACCAGAGGGAAGGGAAUGGUGGACACUCUCUUCCAAGCUUCCAUGGAUACUGGGACUCACUAUGCUAUCAUGAAUUCCUAUGAUUAUAUCAGUGCUGGUCUUCGCCAGUGCAACUUGGAUAACACUAUGGAUGGCUUCUAUAUUGCUCCAGCAUUUAUGGACAAGAUUGUUGUUCACAUCACCAAGAACUUUUUGAACUUGCCAAAUAUUAAGGUUCCUCUUAUUUUGGGCAUUUGGGGAGGCAAAGGUCAGGGGAAAUCGUUUCAAUGUGAGCUUGUGUUUGCCAAAAUGGGAAUCAACCCCAUAAUGAUGAGUGCUGGAGAAUUGGAAAGUGGAAAUGCUGGAGCUGGUAGGCUUGGUGGAACCACUCAAUACACAGUCAAUAACCAGAUGGUGAAUGCAACCCUUAUGAACAUUGCUGAUAACCCAACCAAUGUCCAACUUCCUGGUAUGUACAAUAAGGAGGAGAAUCCUCGUGUCCCCAUCAUAGUCACUGGUAAUGACUUCUCAACAUUGUAUGCUCCACUCAUUCGUGAUGGACGUAUGGAAAAGUUCUAUUGGGCACCAACUCGGGACGACAGGAUUGGUGUCUGCCAAGGUAUUUUCAGAACAGAUGGUAUUCCAAAGGAGGACAUUGUCAAGCUUGUUGACACCUUCCCUGGACAAUCUAUUGACUUCUUUGGUGCCUUGAGGGCCAGAGUGUAUGAUGAUGAAGUAAGGAAGUGGAUUGCUGGUGUGGGGGUGGAGAAUGUUGGGAAAAAGCUUGUGAAUUCAAAGGAAGGACCUCCAACUUUUGAGCAACCCAAGAUGAGUCUGGAUAAGCUCCUUCAGUAUGGAAACAUGCUUGUUCAAGAGCAAGAGAAUGUUAAGAGGGUUCAAUUGGCUGAUAAAUACCUGAACGAGGCAGCUCUUGGAGAGGCAAAUGAAGAUGCCAUCAAGACUGGAAAUUUCUAUGGACAAGGGGCUCAGCAAGUUCAUAUUCCUGUCCCUGAAGGUUGCACUGAUCCUACUGCUGAAAACUAUGAUCCAACUGCCAGAAGUGACGAUGGAAGCUGCACAUACAACUUUUAGGUAAUUUUGAGCAAAUAAAUAAAGGGAUUUGAAACAGAAGUCCAGGAGAAUGUUAGUCACUAUGAAUCUCAGCUUAGAAUACACUUUUUUUUUCUUUAUGUUAGGUGCAUUAAUUUGAACUUUGAAGAUGUACAUUUUGUGUUGUUGCUGGUGUAACCCUUAGUUGCGUUUUAUGGGUGACAUCUUAUAGCUAGCAAUAUUGAAAAUAUCCUUCUCUUUCAGUUUGCAUAAUUAUCUUGUCAAAUUGGUGCUCUUCCCUAGAGCCAGCUGAUUUACACGAAAAAAUACUAGCUUAUAAAACAACAAAAACAACAAAACUUUAUCUCGCAAAGAUUAGUUAAUAGUUACACGGAUCAUACAAUACUAUUUAGCUACUAUGAGUAAAAGAAUUGAAAGAAAAAUAAUGCAUGUAUUGAUUCUGAAUGAAUUACAAAGGAAAGCUAUCUAGUAAUAUAGCUGAGAAUUACAAAGAGAGAGAAUUGAGAAGCUAACAGACUCAAGGUCAAAACAAAAAAGCGUAAGAUGGAUUCUGUUAUUUACAACAGCCAUCUUAAAUGAUGUGGGACCUUGCAAGUUGUCAAGGUGCACACUAUUGUCACCUGAUCUGAUGUGGCACUUGGCAAUUCUAACAUUUCUAAUAGUCUCCCUCAAGAUGGAGGAUGGAAGAUGUCCAAUACUCCAACUUGCAAAGUAAUGCGUUGAAAUUUUUGGGUAGUAAGGCUUUGGGGAAGAAGUCAGCCACCUGAUUGUUGGAAGAAAUGGGCAGAGUCUCAUAAGCCCAAAUUGCACUUUCUCACGGAUAAUAUGACAAUCAAUCUUGAGGUAUUUUGUUCUCUCAUGAAACACUAGAUUGUUUGCAAUGUGGAUUGUACUUUGAUUGUCACAGAACAACACUGGAGUUUUUGAACAUUUGAUCUGAAGGUCCUGAAGAAGAAAAUGCAACCAUUGAAGUUCGCAAGUUGCAGAAGCUAGAGCCUUGUACUCUGCCUCUGCUGAGGAUCUAGCAACUGUGAGUUGCUUCUUUGCAUGCCAGGAAAUGAGUGAAUCCCCAAGAAAGAAACAGUGACCAGAAAUAGAUCUCUUGGAAUCUAUGCACCCUCCCCAGUCUGCAUCAGAAUAUCCUUGCAACUGAAGACUGGACUUUCGUGGGAAGAACAACCCAAGACUAGGGUUCUUUUUGAGGUAUCUUAGUAUACGGAGAGCAGCCUUAUGAUGUGAGAUAGUGGGUGAGCUCAUAAAUUAACUCACUUGUUGCGUAGCAAAACUGAUAUCAGGCCUUGUUGAAGUAAGAUAUAAUAGCCUCCCAACCAACCUUCUAUAAGAAGAAACAUCAUGAAAGCUUGGACCAAAGUCUUGAUGGAGUUUGAGAGCAGGAUCAAUUGGAGUGGAGGCUGGUUUGCAAUCUGCAUGAAAACUAUCUUCUAGCAAAUCAAUACAAUACUUUCUCUAACAAAGGGAAAUACCAAGUGAGGAUUGUGCCACUUCCAAGCCCAGAAAAUACUUGAGUACUCCCAAAUCCUUGAUUCCAAAUGCACCAUGUAGUCUUGCUUCGAUAGAGGCAAAUUCUGUGAGACUAUCCCCAAAUAAAAGCACAUCAUCCACAUAAAUGAGUAAACUACUAAAAGGGUACUAGUAAAUCUCAAAAAUAAUGAGUGAUCAGCAGAAGCUUGGUGAUAACCAAUAUCAAUGAGAAAAUGUGACAACUUGUCAUACCACUGCCUGCUAGUCUGUUUAAGGCCAUACAAGGAUUUAGAAAGCUUGCAAACCUUGGAAUGAGAAGAGACAAACAUGCCUUGGGGAAUACACAUAUAAAUGUCGUCCUUUAGAUCACCAUGCAAGAAGGUAUUAUUAAUAUCUAAUUGAUGUAAAUUCCAAUUAUAAUGAGCAGCUAAAGCAAGUAUUGUUCUGAUUGUGGUGAUCUUAGCAAUAGGAGAAAAUGUAUCAAGAAAGUUCAAACCUUCAAUUUGGUUAUAGCCUUUGGCUACCAACCGAGCUUUGUACCUUUCAAUAGUACCGUCUGCCCUCCUUUUAAUCUUGUAAACCCAUUUGCUACCUAUUGGAAUGACACCAAUAGGAAGGUCAACAAGGGACCAAGUUCCAUUGAGUUCAAGAGCAUUAAUCUCUGCAUCCAUGGCCUUUCUCUAACAUUCAAGUUGACUAGCUUCAUUGUAUGUAGUUGGUUUCUGUUCUUGGCUAAGGAGAAAGCUGUAGGAAGCAUGUGAAGGAGAUAGAUUGGCAAA